AAUGAAAUAAAAACAUCCCAACGCCCAAAGGAAAAACAGCACCACCUUCUCCUUUACCCUUUCCUCUCUCACUCCCCCCACCCUCAACCAAAAGGAAAUUCUUUUUUCUUCUCAUAUACUAUUUUCAAUCUGAAUUUUGUGCGGGCAUAGAGAGUAAUGAUUCAUAAAGGGAACUCUUUCGAUGCUUGGAAUUGAGACGUAGCUAUUGUUGUUGUAAAUAUUCAAGCCAAAUUAUGUGUGUUUGAGUCAUCUGCAGCAAGUGAUCGUCUAUAGAAGGUCUGGACUAAGCAAAGCAGCUGAUACUUUUGAUACAAAUUCUUGAAAGAAGAAGCACAGAGGAGUUUACUGAUCAUGACUUGUGCCGGUUACAAUUAGUUUCUCCCAUCUGGCUUCUGCAAAUUCCCGACUAGCAGCUGAUACUGUCAGAAAUGUUUUUUCGUACCAUUAAGGGCAGGAGAAUACAAUGUUAAUGCUGCAGGCAGAACAACAGACUGUAACUAAGUACAUGAAGUGUUGUGGCAUCUUGUACAUAAGUUACCAUUAGAGGGUUAGAACAAGAUCAAGAAAAAGCUUUACAAGGUAGCUACUAGCUAGUUAUGUGCCCUCACACUAAUGGCUUUGGGCACACAAGUUGAGAGACUCAAUGGUUCACGGGAUUCUGCAUGGCUUGUUUCUUUCACUGAAGACCUCUUUGCCUGCCUAACUUGCUCAGAAAGUUAGAGGUAGCCAUGACAGAAAAUUCAAUGAAACAAGCCAAUGAAGAGAUGAUGACAAAUACUAUGGAAUACAUUAUGGAAAAAACAUCUUCAGAUUCUUCCUCUCAAAGCAAAUUGGUCUCAUUCGUUGAUCUGAACGAAGACAACAAAGGGGAAAGUGAUGAAGAAGAAGAAGUCAUUGAGAUUAGUGUGGAAAACAGUAAUGAGAAAACAACGGAUGAAGGAAACUCAGAAAAUAAUAACAAUAGCUCCGGCAAUGGACGUGUUGAAAAGAAAAACGUAAGGCAUUAUGUUCGAUCAAAAAUGCCAAGGCUCCGUUGGACUCCUGAACUCCAUCGCUCCUUUGUUCAUGCCAUUGAAAGGCUAGGUGGUCAAGAAAGAGCCACACCAAAGUUGGUGCUCCAGCUGAUGAACGUGAGAGGUCUCAGUAUUGCCCAUGUAAAAAGCCAUUUGCAGAUGUAUCGAAGCAAGAAACUUGAUGAAUCUGGACAAGUGUUAGGUCGUAAUUAUAGAGCAAUGCAAGGAAGAAGCUAUUUCUAUGGAAACGUAGGCCAACGAUAUAACCCUCGACAAGAUUUCAAGAUGAAGAAUGGUGCCAUUGUGUUAGCAAGGAAUUUUAAUUAUGAUCAUGACCAUGUUAAAGGCCAUUUUCGAAAUUCCUUUUCGAGACCCCCAUAUCAGGCCAAAGACAUCUUUUCCAGGUACUUGCAGUGGUCUUCCAAUCAGGGAAGCGUACUUAACACCACUCGAGAAAAGCUAUGUACACCAAGACAAUUUCAGAAAAAUGGAGGCCAUGAAAUUGGCCCCGUCAGGUCAAGCCAAUUUCUUGAAGAGAAAAGGUGGCCUCCGAGUGAAUUCACUGCCAAUCAGUUGGAGGAGAAAAUUGCUGAUUUUUCCAAUAUUUGUUCAGCUAAAAACUCCCAAUAUUUGCUUCAACAAAAUGUAGCGCAACCAUAUUCCAAAUGGAAUUGCAGAUACAAUACCCUUGAGCAAAAUUUGGAGACACCAACAAGGCUUGAGAUGAAAGAAGACAAAAGUUUCAUGACCGGAAAAGAUUGGUUACCUGAUUUGCAACUAAGAUUAAGCAGAAGCACAGAAAACAAGAAUGAGAAGAAUACUCAUCAUCAUAGCAAGAGGAUGGAUCAUCAGUCAGAAAUUAACACAAUGCUUUCUCUUUCUCUGCCUACUUAUUCAUUAAGUGAACCUAAGAGAAAGUAGAGUUUUAAACCAUACAAAAGUUUUAUAUUAGCUUGUUACUUUAAUAUGUUCAGACAUAGUAGAACCGCCUAUGUACGUAGGGGGUGAGUACUUGAGAUCUGACCAUGCAAUUAGCAUAGCAGGAAAUUAAUGCAUUGGAGUGAGAUCUCCUAAGUACUUGCCUUAUAGGCCGUAAACAUACCGUUUGAGUUGCCACUUAUCCCUCUUAUUGUUAUUUUUCUUUGUUUAAGAAAGCCAAUUUUUAGUUU